CAUAAACACACAAUCAACAAAGUUAGAAGUCAUAGCCAUGCUAGUGGGACUGGUGGUUUUACUGGUAGUCUACAGUGUGACUGGGAAUAUAUGCCAGAGAGGGUUUCAAGGCCCCCCAGGUUUACCCGGGAUACCUGGGAGGCCGGGAGAGAAAGGUGACAAGGGAGAUCCAGGUCUUCCAGGUCUACCGUCGGAAGUGAAACCAAAUCCAGAAUUAGCUGAGAAGGGAGAGCCCGGCCCCCCAGGACUACCAGCCUACAGGGAAGCGGCGAGAGCGAAAAGGUCCUUGGGGCAGCAUCAUCAAGAUAAUGUUCAAGGUCCCAAGUCCAGAACAGUUCGUGGCGUGUCUCAGGGACUCCCAGGAGAACCGGGAUAUCCAGGAAUGAUCGGAAUGCCUGGAAUGCCUGGACGACCGGGAGAAAGGGGGGAUCCAGGACUCCCCGCACCACCACUUGUAGUUAAGGGUCAAAAGGGGGAGAAAGGUCCCAAAGGGGAAUGUUUAGAAGGACCUCCACCAAAGCCUGUAUCUGUGCCUGUGAAUAGACCCAAAAGAGAUAUAAACUUCUGUAUACCUGGAUUGCCAGGACCUGCAGGAUUACCAGGAUUUCCUGGACUUCACAGAGUUAAAGGAGAAAAAGGAGAAAGAGGAUUUGAUGGAUCCCCUGGACAUGUUACCUACAUCAAGGGAGAGCCGGGCGACCCUGGAGAGCCGGGUACUUGUGACGCACGAUGAGAUUAUCAAUGUACUUUCUCUCACUCGAAUAUUAUAAACUUGAAUUUUUACUA